GUCAGCUUUAUGCCGGCAUUGCAGCUACCAAGGAUAGAACGUUUGUUGACGACGAACUACUCCGCGGCCUUGCUCUCUGGAGCUGUAGCUGGUUCGACCACAGAGCUGAUCCUCUACCCGUUGGAUUGCUUGAAGUCCAGCAGCCUCGCUUGCCCAAAACUUGAACUGAAUGGAAGGCUAUGGCCUGCGUGGUCCUCCAAAAUGCGAGCUGCAGUGGUCACCAAUCGCAGCUGGGACUUUCAGUUUCACCUGGAGAAAGUGGCCGUGAUGGAUGUGGACAUUCCUACACCUGGAAAGGGCGAGGUGUUGGUGGAAGUUUAUGCCUCCAACAUCAACCCUGUGGACCAUAAGAUCGUCGAAAUGGCUGGUUGGAGCUGGACUUACCCACAUAAACUGGGCUAUGAUGUGGCUGGAGUUGUGAAAGCCUUGGGCUCCGGCUGCACGCGUUUGAAAGUGGGGGACGAAGUCUGGGGUGAGGCCACUUCGCUGAUGGAAGCACCGACAACGGCGGGGACGUAUGCUCAGUAUGCAGUGGUGUCUGAGUCAGUGCUUGGGCUCAAGCCGAAGACCAUGAGCAUGCUCGAAGCAGGCGCCAUGCCCAUGGUGGCGCUCACGGGGCUUGAGUCUCUGACCUUCGCAGCGCGUGGUGCUGGGCGUUUCCAAAGCCCAAACACAACGGUACUGGUGCUGGGCGGAAGUGGUGGCACCGGUCACAUGGGCAUCCAGUUGGCAAAGGCCAUGGGCGCUGCUUGGAUCAUCACGACAUGCUCCAGUCGCCAUGCAGAUUUUGUACGUCAGCUUGGGGCGGAUCAAGUGAUUGACUACCACGAGCAAAACUACUACGAUGUCCUCUUCCCGAAGUCUGUAGAUGUGAUCUACGACUGUGUUGGGCAAACGGGCACAGGGGAUCAUGCUUUCAACAUCAUCAAGAGCCAUGGCAGCUUCGUGACGCUGUUACAAGGAGCAAAGGCCUCGAUUUCCACCAGACUUCAUCGGCCGGAUGUUCGGGAAUACGCUCCCACCUGCGUUGGGAGUUGUUCCGAACAUAAGAAGAUAGAUAUGGUCGCCUCUUUGGUGGAACAAGGCAAACUGAAAGUCAAUAUCGACCAAGUGUUUGGCUUGGAAGAUAUCGUUAAAGCUUUCAAUCAAUCGCUUUCUGGACACUCCACUGGAAAAGUGGCCUUGCAGAUCUUCGGCAAUGCGACGCGAAAGCAAAGCAGCUGUGCUCCUCCGAAAGCGCUUCAGUUGUAUCGAGGCUGUGGCAUUGCGCUAGCAGGUGCUGCAACAGCUUCCGCCGUCUUCUUCGUGACUUACGAGUUCAUGAAGAAGCGAUUGCUGGUGGAGGCCGCUUCAAGCCACAGCCAACUCAGUCGCAUUCAGUUCACUUGCAGUGUCAUUGGAGCUUCCGUUGUGGGGGAAGUGGCAGCAUCUGUGGUGAGGGUGCCCAUUGACUUGAUGAAGCAGCGGCUGCAAACGGGCUGCCACUGCCUCGCUUUGCCGAUGAGUAGCUCCAUUGUGUUGGCGUCGUUUCAGGCAACUGCACUGCGGGACAUGUGCCAGAGCAGUCUUCAAUAUCCACUCUAUGAGUGUUUCAAGAUU